AUGACGUCAUCGGUAAUUGUUGGUGAGAAUGAAGAGGAUCCAUUCACAAAACCACUUGGUAGAUUGUCUGUGUUCUACUAUGGAGUUGGACAUAUGCUUAAUGACAUUACUGCUUCUUGUUGGUUCACUUAUCUCCUCUUGUUUUUAACCCAAAUUGGUCUCUCUCCAAGGGAUGCUGCAAUUGUCAUGCUCUCUGGUCAAGUUGCUGAUGGUUUUGCUACUGUCUUCAUUGGUGAAUUGAUUGAUAGAUUUGGGCAUUUCAAAAUUUGGCAUGCUGCAGGAUCUAUAUUAGUAGCUAUCUCGUUUUCCUCGGUUUUUGGCGGUUGUUUGCCAUGUUCAAUCCUCAAUAGUAGCUCUUUAACGGUCGAAACAAUAUCGUACAGUAUGUUUGCAGCUAUCUUCAAUAUAGGAUGGGCUGCUACUCAGGUUUCCCACAUGGCUAUGGUCAAUUGUAUUACAUUGAAUUCAACAAGCAGAGUAGCACUAACAAGCUCCCGUAACGCGUUUAGCAUGGUUGCUAAUUUAGGCUUAUACGCGAUUGCUUUAGUUGUAUUUGGUGUUAGCAAAGCUGAGACAAAAGAAAAUACCGAAAUCCAGUAUCGUUGGAUUGCUUAUUCAUGCAUCACCGUUGGCUGCUGCUUUGUGGUUGUAUUUCUUAUGGGGACUAAGGAACCACGGACGCGGAUAAAUUUAAGAGAAACUAGCAGAGCAAGAACACCGUGGACUUAUUGGUUCCGUAAAAUUCUAUAUUAUCAAGUCGCUAUGGUUUAUCUCCUCACCAGACUAGUAUUGAAUGUUUCACAGGCAUAUCUUGCAUUCUUUGUUAUUGAUGAUUUGCAAAUGGCUCAAUCCGCUAAAGCUCUGAUUCCUGCAAUAAUCUACAUCUGCAGCUUCAUUGUAUCGGUUAUGCUUCAGGAGAUUCCAUGGAAUGGAAAACGCCUCAAGGCGUAUUAUUGUGCUGGUGGUAUUAUUUGGAUAUUUUGUGGUGUAUCAAUCCUCUUAUUGCCUCGAAGCAUUAACUCUUUCAUGUAUGCGAUCUCUAUAUUUAUCGGCAUCGCGAAUGCAUUAAUUCUGGUGACGGCAAUCAGUAUGCAGAGUGUGUUGAUUGGUUCGGAACUCGGUGGAUGUGCAUUCGUAUGUGGGUCAUUAAGCUUCUUAGACAAAAUGUCAUGUGGGCUUGCUUUAUAUGUUCUUCAGUCACACCAAAGCGCUUCACCAAAAAUCGAUGUAAACAUCAAACAAAAUUUUUACUUUUCGGUGACAAGAUAUGGGUUAGGACUUGUUCCAGCUGUUUGCUCACUUGUUGGAGUCGUUGUAACGUAUAUUAUGGAACUCGAUAGCACCAUUCUAAAGCCUCUGUGUCAACCGCUACUACUAGAAUGA